AUGGAGUCUGAGGAGAGUAAGAAAAAAGAACCAAAAAGUAUAUCCGAAAAUAACGAUAAAAAAAGAGUAUAUAAAAAUGAAGAAAUGAAAAGAUAUUCAAAAGAUAAGAGAAGUUCUUCUAGAACAAGAAGAAGUCGAUCAAAUUCUCAUGGAAUUAGGCGGAAUUCAUCAGAUAAUUAUUCAAAAGGGAAAUACAUAAAGAAAAAAAGAAGAAAAGAUAAAAGUUCUGAAAGCAGUCAUAGUUCUUCUCCAAUGUCAUCUGAGAGUUCUAAUGACAAUUAUAGUUCGGAUGAAUAUAGGAGAAAAAAAAGAAAGAAAAAAAGGGAAAACAGAUAUGAAAGAAGUGAAAAAAGUGAUAAAAGAAAAAAAAAAAAAAAAUCAAGUAAAUUAAAUCCAAAUUUAUCAACUUCACAUGAACGAUCCAGGUCAAGAGAGAGAAAAAGAAGAAAAUUACAAGCGGAAUGUAUUAAAAGGGCAGGUGGAUUUAAAAAAUUAGCUGAUAUGGAAGGGCAUGAAACAACUAAUGUUUUUUGGGAUGGUUUUCAAUGGGUAGCUAAAACCAAUCAAUCCAAUUUGUUUCAUUUAGAUCCAGCUGUAAUGAAUUCUACAAGAAAAUUGAGAAGAUUGUAUUUUGGAAAUUUGCCAUUGCAUUUAGGAUUAAGUGAAAAUGCUUUUCAAGAAAUUGUAUGGAAUGAAAUGAAAAAAAGAAAAUAUUGUAAUGAUGAAAAUAUUAAUCCUGUUUUAUAUGUUUGGUUUGCAAAAGAUAAAGGUAAUUAUGGUUUCGUUGAAUUUGCUACUGUUGAAGAAACAGAGAGAGCUCUUACUAUGGAUGGUAUGUUAUGCAAAGGUGUCGCUCUUAAAGUUUCAAGGCCAAAUGAUUAUUCUACAAACACUGUUAAGCAAAAUCAGAAUUUAUUACUUCAAAAUAUUAGUAAACAAAAUAAUAAUAUAUUAAAUGUCAUGAAUCCAACUAAUAUAAAUAACUCUUAUUCUAAACCACCUCCUCCACCUGGUGCUCCACCUUUAUCUUUACUCAAAGAUACACUAGAAUCUAACUUAAUGAAUCAAGGAAAUUUUUCCACCAAGUAUUUGAGGGUUUUAGAAAUUGUAUCAAAAGAAUCUAUUAAUGAAGAAGAUUAUACAACAAUUUUAGAAGAUAUAAAAGAUGGAUUUCAUAGUCAAGGAAUAAUUAUUAACGCUAUUUUGAUUACUCCUAAGUAUGCACAAAAUACACCAUUUGAUAUUGGAGAUGUUAUUAUAGAAUUUGAAAAUCCUACUUCAGUUGAUAAUAGUAUCAUUAAUAUGUCAAAUAGAAAAUAUGAAGGAAGGGUUAUCAAAAUGGAAAAAUGUGAUGAACAUACAUACAAUACUUAUGUAAAACCAAUAAUCAAAGAUUUAUAUGAAAAAAAAUUAUUAUAA